AUGGCAAAGAAGUCGAGGGAGACAAGAAAGCGGCAACUCGAGUUUGAUCAACAAAGAGAAAGAGAGCAGAAGGAAAAGCUGCAAAAGAAGAAGGAAGAGAAGCUGUUGAAAAUGAAGGUGGAUUCCAAGGCUGGUGUCGCUAAGAGGAAGAAAGCGGCCAAAUUCCAGCUUCGGGUGCAAAAGAAGCUCCAACUCAAGAUUGGAAAGCGCGCGGCUCAUAAACAGAUGAAGGAAGCUGCGAAGGCCGCGAUGGACAUAGAAUAA